UUCUCUUCUGUCGGACCACCCAGAGCCCUUCUCCAACGGCGGAAUCCAUCUUCGUCCUCCGCGCGAGCCGGCGACGUAGCUCCGGUGCCGGCGUGGAGUUACCGCGAUCCGUUCAGACUAGGCUGAAUUUCCUGUUUUGCAGACAUGGGGCUGUGGACAGUUCUUCAGGGUUUCCUACUAAUAGCCAACGCUUUUGCCAUAUUGAAUGAAGACCGUUUUCUUACUCCCAGAGGAUGGAGCUUCGCUGAUGUUGGAGGCGCCCAUGGAGCAAACACCUUCAAAGGACAGAUCAUUGGCCUCAUCUACGCGACUCAAUACAUGAGACUUCCCUUGAUCCUUCUUAACGGAAUCACCAUAGUUGUCAAGUUCGUUUCAUUCUGACAGUGGCAAAUGUAGCAGUGUGCAUACACUUCUUCUUUC